AUGAGAUCUGAAGUAAACCUUGCCUGCAUGAGUGGUGCUGCUCAAGCUUUAUUGUAUAAACCAGAAGCGAAGCUUACAUUUAAUAAUGAGCAGCAAUUUAAUGAAUGGUUUAUAAAUACGGAAAGUCGUCAUGCUGGAUGGAGAAUUAGGCCUCGUAAUGCUGUUCAUAUUGCGAUGUAUGUUUGUGAUCAUGCUGGUAACCGUAAGGUUGUUUCUGACGGUGAUAGAGAAGAUGACCAAACACGUCAAAGAAAGUCUAGUAGAAUUGGCUGCCCUGCAAAAAUUAAGAAAGUUACAAUGAAUGAUGGUUCUGUUUCUGCGACAUAUCACUGGCAAUAUCCUGAUUGCCAACUAUUUGAUAUCAAGGAAAUUGCUUCUUCACAACUUCUUCCUGAAUCGAAGGAAUGGAUCGAAAAGCACGUGAAUGACUUUAUGGAUUGGAAGGCCAUCAAAAGUUUGUUAAGAAUGAAUGAAGAUAAUAUCAAUGAGAUCAUUUCUGCUUCCGGAUUUGGUUUUCCUACAUCCUCAGGCCAACAUUACAUGCACCAAAAAAUAAGCUAA